UCAUACGUAAUCUGUAGUGUGUUUAUUAUUGAUUUGUUGGUUGCGGAAUAGUAUAAUUAUUGUUAUUGUAAAUAAAGCUGAAAAAUGUUGCUCAAAAGGAAUUUGCUUGAAGCAGUAACGAUAACAUCAUGCACCUGCACAAUAUUAUGCAUAUUUUUGAACUACGUGACCAAUAUUUCGCCUAUAACAGGAAUAUGGUUUCUAACUUAUCUUUUACUAUUGUUUAUUACUUCGGUCGUCUGCAGUUUCAAACUUAUGCAAUGGUUACUGCAUUUAAACAAGCCCAUAAAGUAUGAUAUAGAGAGAAUUUUAAAUGAGUAUCCCUUCUUGGCCGGAGUUUUACCUCAAUUCACUAAAAAGGUUGAAAAAGAACUAAACAAAGAAUAUGAUACAAAUGAGCUUAGUAUAAUUACUUCUGUGUUGGAAAAAAGGCUGGUGUCAUCUUGGUAUGUCUCUUACAUAUCGGAGGAGAUUGGUUUUCCAUUUGCAUGCAAGCAAAUGUUGGAUCAAAUGAUCGCUAAAGCAUUUCAAAUAUGUGACAAAAUUGAAACUAAAGAUGUAUAUGUUGAUUUCUGUGCAAUAUUGAUAAGCCAUCUGAAAGAGUAUAAGAAGGCAAUAAAGAGGCAAGAAACAACCCCUGACUCAACCGUGCAAUCACUUUACAAAAAGAUUCAUCCUAUAUCAGACGACUUUAAAAGCAACAUAUCUGCGGAUCAUUGUGUAAACUUACUCCAUAUUGUUUUAAAAGAGUUGGUACCGUGGGAGUUAUGGGAUACUCCAUAUUCAGAACUACUAGUUAGAAUCCUAGCUAAAAAACUUAAUAUAUUCAUCGAGAAUACAAUAUCCAACCCCAUAUGGCUUAAUGAUAAAUUAUUGACGAUUUUAAACAUACAAGAAGAAGUUGCUGAUGAAAAUAAAAAAGAAAAAAACAGUGUAAAUGAGAAAGACACUGAGAAAAGGGGAAAUGACAAAAGUUGCAAAACGGAACAUGAAGACGGAAAUCAGAAAGAAAUUGGUAAUACUUCAUCUGAAUUUGAAAAGGACAUAGAUAACACAAAUAAAAAAGUUACAACACAGAUAAACACUGAGCCAACAAUAAAACCAGUAAAAUUAACUACAAAUGUGCAACAUAAAGCUACAGAAAGUCCACUACACAUGCAGAAAAUUGUUGAAGAAAAAGAGGAUAAAAAGCAGGAUGAUGAUGAUGCUCCACAAGGCACAGAGCCUAUGGAAAUAAAACCAGUGCUGAGGAAGAACCGGGGCCGCCAGGGUAGGAAUGAGGUGAAGAUUUAUGAUCGAAUCAUUGAAGGCAGCGUCAAAACGUGGGAGACUGACAUAGACCUUCAGUGUAUCAGCGUAGGUCAAGACUUACUGGCGAGCCUAGAUGAAAUGACCCUAAGUAGACUCUGGGGUCACGAAGAGGCGGAACACAGUCCCAGUUUGCGGGGGACAUCUCCACAGCCUUUGUGGUUCGGUGAAGAAGACGCUAUCGAGCUGGACACCGAAGUGCCCAGGGAUGCGAAGAAGGAGCCCGGUAAGGAGCACAGCCCCAAGCCCGGGGAGCUGUUUAAGGAGCUUCAGACCACGGUGCACCACGCCAAGGCCAAGAUUGGAGACCUGCAGGUGUUACACAUAGAUGUGCCGCGAGCAACCAGUGACGAGGCAGCGGGCAUGAUGGAAGGCCUGCUUGACAAAGGCAUCGCGGGGAUCAAGAAGGGGCUGAGGUUCACUGGUCUCAGUGAUGAUUCGCAGGAAAAGUUCCCAGCCUUCAAAGAGAAAGGGGGAGAGAAGAUAUCGCCCUCCGAGUUGUACCGAAGCAAACCCAAGCCGGAAGUGGACAUGGAUGCGAGAGAAGCGUACAUAUCCACCAACUUUCAAAAAGAAGAAAAUGGUAAUUCGAUCCACCAGCUAGUAAAACAACACAGGGUGACGUCACAGGAUAGUAUGAUCAAACCUCGCGUGGAAUGGUCCCCGCCCGCGGAGGCCUUGCCCGAGUCCCCCGAGCCGCAGUACGAGGAGGCCGCCGACCUGUCCGCCAGCAUCGCCAAGCUGCGCUCCCUGCUACAGCACGCGGAGAGGCCGCGGACAGAGGAGGUAUGGUGGGAGGGUGCUGAGGAAACUCGCGGCCGAGCGCAAAAAAGACCCUCUUCUAAGCCUGUAGAUUCCGCUGCACUGGCUGAUGAGUACGACAUGAGUUCGGAGAGAAACGUUUCACCCGGACAGACUUCCAACAAUAUGCAGAGGCUCGACAAGUUGUUCACCCGCACGGUGACGGGCGUGUUCAACUCCAUCCGCACGGCGGUGGGCGCGGAGGGACUGGAGGGCGAGCUCGCGGCGCCGCGCCAGCUGCACGACUGGACGUACGUGUGCACGGCGCCCGAACUCGGCCUGGGCGCAGCGGUAGGCCGGUUGGUGGGCGCGCGGCACGCUUCGUGGCAAGUGGACACCGCACUGGAUUCUCUAAGAGAUUUGCCCGCGCCACCUCCACCUCCUUUGAUGCCACUUGACUUAGAGGAGUGGUGCGGCGGCGCGGGCGCGCGCUGGUGCGGCAGCGCGGAGGCGGCGUGCGCGGCCGGCCUGGCCGCCUCGCACCUCGCCUUCCGCCUCGCCACCGUGCUGUCGGCGGACAUAGCGGAAUCCCUGAUCUGCUGCUGGCUGGAGCAGCUGACGGCGUGGCUCAAGAAGCAAGUGUUCGCGUACUUCCAGCAACUGGCGCAGCCGGCGGCGGCCGACGACGGGGCGCCGCGCGAGUUCGACAUCGACAGCACGUGCAGACUCGUUCUGGACAAGAUACCAGAAACGUAUCUGUUCAGUGAGAACACGCUCUCAGCCGCUAUCAGACUUGUGGUCUCCAGCUUCAGCCACGAGGACAUUAACAAGGACGUGAUAUUCCGCGCUCUGGACAUUUUCGUAGUCCAUUUCAAGAAGUCCGCCGGCCUGCGGAACCCUUCCUUUGACAGUAACUAAAAAAAGUGCUCGAAUUGAGUACCUUUCGUCUGGGGAGGCUUUGGCCGUGGCUAGUUACCACCCUUCCGACAAAGACGAGCCGCU